GGGCGAAAUUUUCUUAAACUAAAUUAUACUAAACCAAUUUUUAUUAUGCUAAAUUUGUUAUGAUUCUGUUUAAGUGAGUGCUUAAACGGAGAUCUUUUUAUAAUAAAUUAUUCUGAUAAGAUAAUAAUCUAAUUGGUAAAUUUGUUAAACAUUAAUGAGAUGCAGGAGGCAAAGGUAAACAAUUCAUAAAAUGCACAAAGUAAAUAAUUUAUAACAUUUUUUUAAAAGAUCAAUUUAAUCAUUUGAAUCAGCACCAGGAAACAGUGUAACCGAUAUAGUAAUGGGAGAUGAGGAUUAUAGCAUGAAUAUAGCGGAUACUUGGACCACUUAACGCUGACAGACUGUGUUUAGUAUAUGUAAUUUGAAACGUUGAAUUUUCAAUGAUUUAGCAAAGACUGUAUCGUGAUCUAUAUUUGUACACCUUUGUCUCAGAUUUGAUAGGCCAGAACGGAUCAUAACAUAGCAUUAAGCUAUCAAUAACUUUAUGAAUAGUAUUUGUUCACAGGACAUCAUUUGUUACAAAAUAUAAAGUUUACAGACAAUGGAAUGGGCACGCAUGAAUUUGACACAGUAUGAAGAUUUUGAACGGAAACCCGUGGGAUGAUUGUUCAGAUAAUUAGAUAUCUAAAACAUGCGCCCUUUAACUAUUCAGCAAAAUAACAGCAUUUGGCAUUAAUUGAUACAAUGUCAAUAGAAUUACAAUGGUUUCUUACUCAGGAUUUCCACAAUCAAAUUCAUAAAAUAGAGGAUUAUUUUAGUCAGAAACGUUGAGUAAAACAGGCACAUUAUUACAAUGCACCCUCCAAGAAUAAAAAGUGCACCAGCAGGACGAUUGAAGUCAAAGAAAACAUCAGUUUUACAUGACAUUGAGGAAUGGGUUUUAAGUGGUAAAGAGCAUGAGCCCGAAACAUCUCGCAUUCACUCUGGACAACUUGCAGAAAAUAUCACAGAGGAAAGACUUCUUCGAGCAAGAAUGAUGGAAUUAGGGAAAGAACGGUUCAAAAUAUUAUCAAAAUACGAUCAUGAAAUACAGACAUUUAAAGAUAAACAAAAACGCAAAGGUUUUAGGAUAAAAUUUAAUAGACCACAAAGUGCAUCAUUUCCAGCCGCUGCUGAAAGGAGACUCAUGGCGGAUGGACCAAAAAGUGACACACAUUCAGCCUCAUCUCUUAUGUUCAUAGCACCAAUGAUUCGACCAAAAACUGUUCAAUUUGAGGCUGGUUCCCCACGUAGAGAAAACUUUGCAACAGGGAAUGUAAACAACCGUCCUCGUACAGUUCCCGCUCAAACAAAGUUACUCAACCAAACUGGCGAGGUACAAGUAGAAGACUGGACCCCCUUAGCCAUGACUACUGACUGGUCACGGCCAUCAACUGCAGGGAAUGAAAAAGUCAUUCGUUCUGUUUCUUCUCAUAGCUUCCCAUCUUUUAUUUCUGCUAGAAAUCAAAAGACAAAUGAAAUGAGUAUAUCCAAAGAACCAAGGUUUUUUGCACUUGAAAAUUCACUGUCAAAAAAUUAUAAAACGGACUGCAAAACGGAUGUACAAACGAUUAUAAGGAAUAUAGAAGCUUUACGAAAACCAAUUAAGAUUGGAGGAAAAGAGGCACGGAAGGAAUUAGAACUAAAAGUGAAAAUUUUUAUGGAAGAAAACAAUAUAGUGUUUUAAAUCAAUGUUGAAUCAGUAUUGGGAAAAUAAAUACAUAUGGUAACAUCUUUUUUUAUUAAAUACACUAUACACGUAUAUCCUUUGCCAUGUUAUGAACUGCUUAAAACAUACCGUUGAUGCUGCUGUUAAUAAAAGAGGUGCAUUUAGCCAAGGAGCUUUCAAGUUCUUGUAUUGUUUAAAGUCGGCUACUUAAAGUUAUAUAGCUUAUUUGUCAUUUGACUAACGGGAAUUUUAUGAAUAAUUAUUUGUAAUUUCGCAUAUUAUUAAUAAAGAGUUACAGGUU